UUAAUGUGUCACUGACAUAUGCUCUGAAAGAGUGCAGUGAUUCGGACGGUCACCCGCUAUUUACUCUGCAGUAAGACAAGUUCCUGUUUUAUGCCUCACACAGCUGUUGACUGGAAACGGCACAAUCUGAUGUAAAGAUGUCAUUUAAAGACAACACGAUUAGUUUUCCUGAGCUUAUAAAGCUGAAACGAGACGGUGGCCAACUCAGCCCAGCAGAAAUAGGCACUUUUGUGCAUGGAGUCACAUCAGGAGACAUCCAGAACAGUCAAAUAGGUGCUAUGCUAAUGGCCAUAUGGCAGAAGGGCAUGACUGGUGAAGAGACCGUAGCAUUGACGAGAGAGAUGAUGAACUCUGGGGAGACGUUUAAAUGGCCGAAGGAAUGGCUUGUGGUAGACAAACACUCAACCGGUGGGGUUGGAGACAAAGUCAGCCUUCCACUCGCUCCUGCUCUGGCUGCAUGUGGCUGUAAGGUGCCCAUGAUAAGUGGAAGAGGACUGGCACAUACAGGCGGCACCCUUGACAAGCUUGAGUCUAUCCGUGGGUUUAACGUUAACCAGUCAGUUGAACAGGUGAAGCAGAUUCUAGAGGAUGUGGGCUGUUGCAUUGUGGGACCGACAGAGAAUCUGGUGCCAGCAGAUCGUGUUCUCUACGCCAUCAGAGAUGCCACAUCGACUGUUGAUAGUCAUCCUCUUAUCAUAAGCUCCAUCAUCUCUAAGAAAGGAGCUGAAGGUCUGAGUACUCUUGUGUUAGAUGUGAAGUUUGGCAGAGCUGCUCUGUAUAAAGAUGUGGACAGCGCUCGCCGUCUUGCUCAGUCACUGAUCACUGUGGGCAACAAACUGGGUGUGAAAACAGGUGCGGUGCUUAGCCGGAUGGAUUCUCCUAUUGGCCAGAGUGUAGGCAAUGCGGUCGAGGUGUGUGAAGCGCUUGAGUGUCUUAAAGGACGAGGGUCAGAUGAUCUCAAGGAACUGGUGACAAAUUUAGGUGGGCAUCUAUUGUGCAUGUGUGGCCACUCCUGUACUCUAGAGAGUGGGAAAAAAGAAAUCGCUCUGAAACUGGAGAACGGAGAAGCCCUGAAAAGGUUUGAGGCGAUGCUGAUGGCUCAGGGGGUGUCUGCAGAUGUUGCACAUUCCCUGUGCUCAAACGAGACAGACUACUUUAAGCACAUGAAGCGUGCAGCACAUCAGACAGAGCUUGAGGUGCCAGAUAAUGGAGCCGUUUUGGACAUUGACGGUUUGGCCCUGGCUGAAGUGCUGCAUAAACUAGGAGCGGGACGUACUAAAUCAGGAGAAGAAAUCGAUCAUAGUGUGGGAGCUGAGAUCUUGGUUAAGAUAGGACAGCAGAUACAGAAAGGUUAGUCUCAAUUAUCUCAAUAUAUGACUGUUUGGACUGAAACCCUUAUAUAGUUCUUACUAAAAAAGUAUAAUGGCUACUAAAAAAAA